UAUAUUCUCUCCAAUAAAUCUUAAAUGCUUUAUAAAUCUUCAGACUCCAGUGACGGAAGAUUUAUAAAGGAACAUUCACAAUAUGUUUACAUAUAAGGGAAUGACACAUACUGCUGCUUAUUUCAAUGCCAACAAUGGGCUUGGUGAGCUAAGUGAUAAAGUUGACCUUUUACUGGGGCAGCUCUUUCUGUAAAGUCUUGCCUAUUUUCAGUAUGGUUUUGAUACAUGAAUUCCUUUAACAAAAUGAAUUAUUGGUGGUAACUUUAUAUUUUGUCUGAGCUAGAAAACAUGCACAGUGUAUGCUGUAGUGAGGACCCAUCUCUGAUGCUCAAUAGAUUAAGCAGGCAAUAGGUAGGUCCUGGAAAUAGAUAACACAGAGUGGUUCCAGGAAAAGCUAGCUGACCUUCAGGCUUAAUAAAGACCAGGCAAGGUUGACAAGGUGAAAUCUACAUUUGCCAGUAACAAUUGAAUAAUGCCCCAGCCCAGGCAGUUGCAAAAGGGAUUGAUCAGACUACAAUCUGUGGCAAACUGAUAUUCGUGGAAACUUCCACUGGCAAGUUAAGUCAUGCCAAACGUAACUUUUAAAAAUGAGCGUUUCAAGGCUGUCACUGAAUGUCCUAUGGUAUGAUCUGUUAGAAAAUUUAAUACAAAGCAAGGCUAACGCUCAUCCCAAUCUAGCAAGGGGGGAUAUUAACAGCAGAGGACACCAACAUUUCACAACAAUUCACUAAGGUCUAUCAACAACUCUGCUAUUCCCAAAAUAAAAAGUGCGUCGUCUUAUCUCCCUCAUGCACAGCAUGGGGAAAAUAAUGCCGGGCAAUUUUUCAAUGUUGACCGUGCGACUUAUUGCUUUUCCUUCGCAUUCCACACAGUAAGACCCAGUUUUGAUCGCGGUCUAACGUGAUGGAAAUAACGUCCUUUGGCCGCCAAAUCACAGCCCAGAUUUAAAUUGAAAUUUCUCGGUCCUCCUCGGAAAACUGCAGUUCCUCGAACUCUCUUAUGUUGGAGAGAUGCCGACCGUUCGAAGGAACCAGGAAGUUCCGCCUCUAGAAAGGCGUUUGUGUAUCUGGCUUUACAGAGGAAGCUUAAUGACCGCGUAGAGACACCGUAGCGUCUUAAGCGAGGAGAGUCGGUAACCAAGGCCGGCAGUGAGAAGCUUUGGUAACCAAGGCCGGCAAGCGGUUUAGUUUGGAGGAGGAUCAUCAUGGACGCGGCCCACCGAGCUGCUUUGCUCGCCGUUUCCUGCAUUCACACCCCGGUCAACCCGCGGACCAAAGUGCCGAUCGCCCUUUAUGAGCGGGAGCCAGAGAAGCCCCGGGCGGGGGCUGGCGACCGGCAGGGUUGUUUGAGUCCUGAGAGUCAACAGAAUUGCACUGUGCAUGCUGACUGUGAGGGUUGGAUGGAUCUUUCCAAAAUGUGCCUUUCCAAUAAAGAAUAUUACUUAAAGCUAGAAGAGCUUAAACAUGCUCACCUGGAGACCAUGGCAAAGUUGGAAAACAUGUAUCAGAAUAAACUAUACUUAAAAGGAGUUCAACCUUUAACCAACAUGGAUGUGACCCAUAGUAUGAGUUAUAGAUCAACAUGGAAGACAAGCUCUUUUCAACUUCAGAAUUUGUGUAAAUCAUUUUCUGAGCCUGAUUUAAAUAAUUCUUUCUGUUCAAAUUCUUCUGAUAUAUCUGAUAAAGAACUAGGGUUAGAAGAAAAAGGCAGUGAAGGUGGAUUAGUUACAUUUGGCCAGAAGCAAAUUGAAAAUGCAUGGGAUGAGUGUUCUCAGCACACCACAAGUAUCUCAUCCAAAUCACAGCCUUUGAAAAAGAGCAAGAAGAAGAAAAAAUGGUCCCCAAGGAUAACAAUACCUGAGCCUUUCCAGAUGACAAUUCGAGAAGCUAAGAGAAAACAACAGAAAAUCAAAUCAAAGUCACUAAUUGAACUGGAAAAUAACUUGCUGAAGAAACAAUUGGAGGAGGAAGCAGAAUGUCAAAGGAAGUUCCGAGCCAAUCCAGUGCCUGCUUAUGUUUUUGUCCCUCUCUAUCAUGAAAUAAUGCAGCAAAAUGAAGAACGUAGGGAAUCCUUUAGAGAAAGAAGGAGAGAGAACCUUCUAGCUAUGCAAAAGCCAUUUCAGUUUAUUGAAAGAGAAGCGCAAAAGAAAGAAAUGAGGAGAAUGCAAUUAAAGGACCUUUCCUUACCUGAGAAGAAAGCAAAAGUAUUUAAAGCAAAGCCAGUUCCUAAAUUUGUUUACAGUUCAGAAAUCAGUGAAAAACUUAAGGAAAAAGAACUCUAUAGAGAAAUUAGAAUGCAAAUCAGAUCAGAAGAGCUUCUACACAAUUCAUCUUUUCCCAGCAGGAGGUUAGGAAGCAGGGGAGCCUAUAAGCAUAGGCAGCAAAACCACCUUGAACACUGUGACAAACUGGAAUGUAAAGUAAAGACCAAAUCUAAGGUCCCAGAUUUUGAAACAUUGCAUAAAAAAUUCCAGAAGCAGCUUCAGAGACAAAAAAAUGUAAAACAUAUCACUGUGUGUGAACCUUUCAAGUUAUGUACAGCAAACAUUCCAUCAAAUAAAGAAAAAAUUCUUGAGGACAUCCAAAUGGAUGAAGAAAAUUUAAAGGAAACCCGUUGGCCCUUUGUGUCUUCAAGAUGUCACCCCCAAAUGCGGUCUUUGAAUACAAAUUCAUCUUCGAGAUGUGAAGAAUCUACACCUCCAAGAAUUACAGAAUCCACAAGGAGACGAUUACAAGCCAUCAGGGAGUCAACCGAGGAAAAAAGGAAGGUGGAGGAAGAGCAGAAAAGGAGAAGAGCAAAACAGAAACAAAGAGCGAGAGAACUGCAGAGACUUAUAACCACUCGAGCUGAGGCAAAUGACCCACAUCAGAGCCUAGCUGAGAUGUAUAAAUCAAAGUUGAAAAUAUUCAGGAAACAUGAAAAACAGAGAAUGAAAGACUAUCUGCAGGAGCUGGAAGAAAUUGAAGAAAGGGUGGAAAAGAGACCACUGUUGUUGGAACAAGUUACGCAGAAAAAUGCACGGAUAGCAGCAGAAAAGCAUUACUCUGAUACCCUUCGAGAACUGGGACUGUGUGAAGAGUUUGUGUCACAGAAAGGGCAAACUGCCACAAAAGAGCUUUUGCCAGACCUUUCUUGUGAUGGCUCUGAAAGCUGGGCAUCAGAUGGAGGAAGUGACAGUGAAAGUAAAGGUGAAAUUAGCGAAUCGCAGAGAGAGGAGGAGAAGUUGGGACUUCAGUCAGCCAAGUCAUUUGAGGAAGAAGAGCUGCAAGAGCAAAAUGAAGAGGCUGGAUCAGUUUGUGAUGACCAAGCUACUCCUGAGUAUGAAAGUGAAAACCAUGAAGAUGGUUCAGUAGAAGAAUCCAGUGAUGAUGAAGGCUAAUUGAAAUAAUUGCUUGAUUAAAUAAAAUAUGAGAUGGAGAAAAUCUGAUUUCUGGAACCAAUGUUAUUCUAUAGUGCUUUUAAUGUGUAAGUGUGCUCUGAACUUUCAGUUUUCAUACUUGGCUUAACACACUCAUGUCAUUAUGACAUCAUGCACAGUAGCUGGUCUCUUCCAGUUUUCCACUUUUCUAUAUACUUGCUUCCCUUCCUAACUGGUGUGUAUGCUAACUCAGUUCCCUUAUUAUAUAGUCAUAUCAAAACCAGUAUUUCUUUGCAAAAUCUUUAAAACUUUGGAAAUUACUGGUUUUUCAGUUGACCUGACUAUGAAUUGAAUACAAUGGAAAUUCCUGGAUAUAAUAUGUUUGUAUCAUUUGUAUUGACCAACUGUGAAUUCUUUGUUGUACCAUGAUUAAGAGCAUGGGCUUGCACUCUCCAGCUUGAAUUUCAGGUUAACCUUGAACUUGUAGGGUGGUCCUAGAAGAGAAACUAAAUGAAUAACUACAUUAAUUGUAUGCAGCUGUGGCCACCUAAAUAUACUCAAGCUCUUUCUUAGGUGGAUCCUACAACCUUACCCAACAGGAAAAGAACAAGGUACUUAAUUAAGAGCUCUUACUGACUUUAAGCAGCAUAGUUGUUAAAACUAACUCAUUCCCAACUUGGCUACAUUUUAUAGUUUUUAUAGAGAAAAAGUAAUUCAAAUCAAGACAGUAAUAAAAGGAGGUUGUACUAUAGUGUUUCAUUUACGGAGUUUAGAAUAUGUGAUGAGGACACAACUUACAAACUUGUUACAACUAUCUGCAUGGACAGAUGAUUCCCUGUUGGAACUGACCCCCAUCCUUUUAUAGUUGAACACAAUAUGCAAUUGGCUACUGUAGUCAUUUAUUCUCACUCCUUCAUAGCUAUCUGUACUACUUCCACUUCAUGUCAUGUCGCUUGUUAUUGGCCCUUUCUCAAAGUGACUUUUGUCCUUUAAAUAUCCUCCAUUUUUUUAAACAAAAACAAGUUGAUUGCACUCUUACCAUGUUCAUGUACCCUGUUAACUAUAACAUAACUCAUUUUUGCAGCAUUUGGCAUAGCCUGGCCACAGGCUCCAUCUUUCCCAAUCCCUUGACAUUUAUUAGUGUCAAAUACUAAUAGGCUGGUCCUAGAAGAGAAACUAAAUUAAUAGCUCCCCUUAGUUCCUUUUCAAUAUUUCCUGGCUUCAGAGUUGCAUCUUCCUUUUUUUAAAAAAUCUUGAGCUUUAGGAAGGCCUCAAAUUUUGGUCAAUUCACUUUAUACACAUUAUUUCAGUACACUGGGCAGGUUGUUAUUUCACAGCCUAGUAACUUUUGAUCCUUGCUGAAUCAGACCAAAGGCGUUUGUUCUCACAGUAGACAAGCAACUGCCUCUGCGAAGACCACAAGUGGGAAGUGAAGGCCGUGGAACUAUACGGCUCAUGUUUGGCACCAGCUAGUGUGCAGAGGCAUGCUGCUUUGCUACUCCACAUGCACAAUAAUAGAGGUUGUUGUGAGGAUUGCCAAAGGAGAGAAUUACUGAGAUAAUGGUGUGUUACAUGCUUAUGAGACUUUAGAAAAAGAUCUGUAUGGUUACUUUCAUUCUAUUCCUCAAUAACAUUGCCACAUUGGAGCAUUUAUUUAUUUAUUUAUUUGGAUGAAACCAAGCAAGGCUUAUCCAUGUGCAAAAGCAGCUCAGCUGCAUAUCUGUAAGCAGUUACCACCUAUAUCAUAAUCCUCAGUGAACUGGCUUAAGGUGAUUUUUAGUGGAGAUGAGUAUCCUUUUCUAGAGCUACCAGUUUUUGCCUAUAAUUGACUGAUAUCACAAUGAAAGUUAGAGCUGGAGUGAGUCAAGAACAUUCUGCCUGCAUUUAACUUUGUUGCAGUUGACUGCAAAGUCACUUUAAAUCAGGGAACAUUCUGAUAUUAAUGCUAAAAGAAGAAGGGAAAGGCUUAAUAGUAGGAUUUUACUUGGUCUUGUGCAGAGAAACUGAAUAUGGUUUAAAUAUUGAUCAUCUGAUGCAAAUCAAUUAUAUGCAUUUCUAGGUGUAACCUUAUUUCCCUGGAAAGGAUGAAACUUGCAAUACAGUUAGUUCUAAGUAUCAGAUUAAUCUCAAAGAAAAAAAAAUAGUAUAUUUGCAGCAGCUGCACACACAUUCCAUUCCAAAAUAUCAUCAUCAUUAUUAUUACAUUGCAUUUUUAUCUUCUUUUUUUCCUCUUGUGAGGAACCCAAGGCAGUUUAUAUAGUUCUAUUUUAUCUUCCCAGCGGCAACCAUGUGAGGUAGGGUAGGCUUAGAGUGAGUGACUGGCCUGAAGUCAGCCAGGGAGCUUAUGACCAGCUAGAAAUUAGACCCCAGAUCUCUCAGGUCCCCAGUCCAGCACUUGAACCACCAUAUUUCACUGGGUCUCAGUGAUGAAAAGGUGAUAGUACUUACUGUUGCAUUUUAUUUUAUCUUGCAUCUUGACCAUUUUAUCCUGAUCCCUCCAUCUUGAGAAAUGCUGCAGAUAGCCAACUCCACGUGAAAGGCUUUUGAUGGACUGAUUGGGAAUUGAUUGUUAAACUAACUACCUAUGGAUUAGCUUGUUUAAAAUCUGUUACUUUAGAUUUCCAUGCUAGAUUCUUAAUAUCUUCUCAUUCUUUUAUUUUACAAAAAUGAGUCUACUAUUCUGAAAAGAAUUGUGAAAAUAAUGUCUUCCUUACAAAGUAUGGGUGUGGAUUCAGACUUAGUCGUACUACUUUACCAGUACUCUUAAUGGGAUUAAAUUUGGAGACUUAUGUUCCAUUGAUUUCAGUUUGUCUGCUGUACGUAUGUCUAAACUUGAGGGGCUGGUAACUACAGCCAUUAAACCUUUAGGCUAAAGAUGCUUUGGAACAUGAGAUGGAUGCUGUAUUCUGGUACUAUACCAGCUAAAUAGGUUGCUAAGCAGUAAUCAGUAGCUGCUGGAAAGUCGGGUAAAAGACAAUGAAGAGAUUAAGUUGAUAUGCUCUGUAUAAUGUGAGCAGUUUGACUGCAGUCCUUCAUGCAUUUACUUGGAAGUAAGCACAAUUAAACUCAGUGGUGUUCCUCUGAGUAAAUGUGUCAGAUUAUGCUGUUUAAAGUAUCUUUGGGCACCAUCCAGUCAAAGUUGGACACUCCUAUUGCUUUCAGUCUAUGUGAGAGCUGGGGAGAGGCAUGCACUUUGUUUUCCCACUGAAAUCAAGGUUGGGAGACUUAGGCGCACUUUGGCUAGACUGUGCCCUUCAUUUAUAUAUCUUUAUUCUACUUCUGCCUUGAAGGUUCGAGAUGAAUUACUGUGGAUCUGAUUGUUAGAUUGCUAGGUGACACUCCUGUUCUACAUGUUUUGUUUGUAAGUAUGCUUAUUGACUGUAACUAAAUUUUAGAUUGAAAUCACAGGACUAAAAUAUGUGACAGCAGAAAAUCCAGGGUUAUUUACUGAAAGUUUAAGUAAUUGCUUUAAAACCAUUCCAAGUUUCUGUGCAAGUCUUUCCUGAGAAUGUUGGGUCUCUGAUUUACCGUUUUAAAGCUAUAAGAUGAGAAUCGAAAGUAAAUUGAGAGCCAGUGUGGUGUAGUGGUUAAGAGCAUGGGACUGGGAUUCAGACAAUCUGGGUUCUAGUCCCCGCUCAGCCAUGGAGCCAACUGGGUGACUUUGGGCCAGUCACAGACUC